GCAAUCGAAGCCAACUCCGAGCUCUCGCGCGCGCUGGUGACGCAGAUCGCCGCCGCGAAGGUCGAGGCUGUAGACUUUGCUAUCAAGUCCCUUGCGCUGCUACGGCGGGAUGUUGGAUCCUUCGGGCUCAUGGCAUCCUCUCCAUUCGGGUCCAACAGCGAUAUUCUGCUCUGCUGCCGAUUUGCAGAAGGCGACAGCCGUGUGUUGCAGCAGAUGGUGACGAGAGACCUCGUGCGAGCACACUCGAAAUUAUCGGCCGUCCUUCGGCUUUUCUACAGAGUGCUGAAGGCCUGGCUGUCCGGGGCGCUCCACGGCUCUGCCAAGCUCCGAUACCUCCGGGACCAACGCCUUCUGCAGCUUCUCUGCGUCCUGGGCAAGCAGCACUGGAAAAUCCGUCGGCAGGGUGUCUCGAAGGCCCAAGCCGAGAGCGACGCCUGGCUCCAAGCUGGUGAGCUCGUUUACGACGUUGCGAAGACGCACGCCCAACAGCUCAUCCACAGCACAGUGGAGGAGAGGUGUGGCAGGAGUGUCGAGACCGACCGCUUCAUGGACAU